AUGAAGUUAAUAGCGGUCUGUUGCACGUUGUGUGCUCUGAUAUCGAGUACAUCUGCCAAUCGAGAGUUCGACAGGACAUUUCAGAUGCUCAGGAAACGAGCGGUUUCGUCCGUUUCGGAAGACGCUUUUGGAACAACUUCUACAAUAUUACAGCCGGUAAUACGGCGGGCGAUGCCUUCUCUGACGGCCAGUUCGAGCUCAAGUUCGAGUACUGGCAACUCAAGCACCACAGCGUCUUCUUCUUCCUCUAGUUCUUCAUACAGCGCGACUUUCACGCCGGUGGUACCGAACGCUGCUGGAAACAAGUCAAUCUACCACACAGAGUAUCCCAGCGGAACAGUUUUCGUUAUUGUUGGGGCCGUGAUUGGGUUUCUGGGAGUGCUGUUUACGCUAAUUUGGGCGAUUUCCGCCGUCCGGGCCUGGCUGAGUGCACGCCGGGAGUAUCGUGCACGGUCUGUGGAAGCCCGUUUCCAAUCAGAUCCGUUCAUGUUCCAGUCCAAAGAUACAGACACCGAAUACUCGGACGGCUCGAGCCACAGCGAUGUGUCGGAAACUAUUUUGAAAACACGAAGCUCGAGACGGCCAGCUUUGAGAACUUUUGGAUCCCAGUCUACCGUGGAUUUGCUACAGGGCAAGACAAUUUCUGUCAACACCAUUUCGCCUGCAGAACGCAAUUCGAUGUUCAUAUCUCCGACCGAAAUCAUGAAGAACUCGGCCAAUGGCCACGGUCUGCCGUCCCAAGGAACUCCUCAGUCCGAGUUUUCGGAGUUUUCAGGUCCGGUGCAAGCUGCACAGGUUUUGGAGCAUUCCGAUCCGCUGUACCAAUUCGCAUACGGUGAGCCACGCUCGGUAAGACCUCCAAGCAUACACUUGGAGAAAAUGUUCGACGAAGAGCUGUGA